AUGUCAGAUGUCAAUGUCACCAAAUCUACUCCUGCAGUUUUCCUUCUCACUGGGAUACCAGAGCAUGAAGAUGUCCAUCUGUGGAUCUCUAUCCCCUUGUGCCUUAUUUAUGCCAUAUUGCUAAUGGGAAAUACAGGUAUUCUUUUCUUUAUAAAAACAGAUCCAAGCCUCCAUGAACCCAUGUACAUUUUCCUUUCCAUGUUGGCCAUCACAGACCUUGGAUUAUCAAUGACUACUAUGCCGACAACACUAGGCGCAUUCUUGUUUAACUCUAGGGAGAUCAACCAUGAUGCCUGUUUUACCCAGUUGUUCUUCUUCCACUCGCUUUCAUACAUUGAAUCUUCUGUGCUCGUGUCGAUGGCCUUUGACCGCUUCAUUGCAAUCUGUGACCCACUAAGAUACAUUUCCAUCUUAACCCCACUGAGAAUAGCCAAGUUAGGACUGGUGUGUAUGCUAAGAGGGGUGGCUUUAGCACUCCCAUACCCCUUUCUCCUGAAACGCUACCCAUACUGUCGAGCCAAUGUCCUCUCCCAUUCUUACUGUAUGCACAAUGAGGUCAUGAAGCUGGCUUGUGCGGACAUCACAGUUAACAAUAUCUAUGGCUUGGUCAUAAUACUUUCCACAGUGGGGUUGGACUCUCUGCUUAUCCUCCUCUCGUAUGUGAUGAUUCUCAAAACAGUGCUGAGCAUUGCAUCCCGCAUGGAGACCCUCAGGGCCCUGAACACCUGCGUCUCCCACCUCUGCGCCGUCCUGCUCUUCUAUACACCAAUGGUCAGUCUGUCUCUGAUACACAGAUUUGGAAACAGCUCAUCUCACUGGCUUCAGAUUCUCUUUGGAUACAUCUACCUGCUGGUGCCACCCCUGAUGAACCCAAUCGUGUACAGCGUGAAAAGCAAACACCUGCGCAUGAGGAUAAUCAGGCUUUUUGUCAAGUGA